AUGCGGGUUCGACGCUCUGAUGCGACAGCAUCAACAUCAACGGCUGUUUCGCCCGGUUCUGGUGCAACAAAACAAAAAUCAUGUGCGGUGAAGAAACGAAAAUCAUCGUCAAAUACGAGUGGACCACAAAGAAUGGAAGUCUAUGAUCAUUUCUACAAUAAAUUUGAGCGUCCCCCGUUGGCACCGAUUUACUAUCCAACUCCGGAAGAAUUCCAAGAUCCCAUAGAAUAUGUUGCCAAAAUCCGAGGGGAAGCUGAAAAGUAUGGAACUGUUAAAAUUGUACCGCCUUCAACAUUCAAACCUCCGUUUGCAAUCGAUAAAGACAAUUUCAUUUUUACUCCAAGAGUGCAGAAAUUGAAUGAGAUUGAAGCUUUAGUCAAAGAAAAACAGACGUUCUUAGAACGAUUAUACAACUAUAACAGAAUGAGCGGGCAUCCAUACGAGCUUCCCGUUGACAAAGACGGAAACGUAAUUGAUCUUCAUCGUCUUCAUAGAAUUGUCCAAAAUUUUGGCGGAUGCUUUGAGGUUAACGAAGAGGAAAAAUGGAAAGACGUUGCGAAGGAAAUGACGACGAGUUCUCGGCCGGUUCCGAACGCUUUCGUCAAUCUUCUCAAGAAUCAUUACAACACAUAUGUUGAGCCAUUUAUACGAAAUGUGAAGGAAAGAGCAUUGAGAAGCGAUGAUGAGAGCGAUGAUGAAAUGGAAGAGCUGAAGCAAAAAUAUCAGCACCACCAUGGAACAUCGAUCAGUUGCAGUCUGAGUUCUGAUGACGAUGGUCCCGUAUCUAUGCAAGGCGGCAAGAGAAGAGUGAAGAAAAAGAGUUCGCAGAAUCCGAGACCGACAAGAAUGAUGGCGGGAGGAGUGAGGAAACAGUCGAGCCCGCGAAAAACACGACGUAGUAAACAGACUGAUGACCCAAUGGACUUGGUAUACUGUAUAACAUGCCACGAAGGAAAUGAUGAGCAUCUUCUGUUGGUUUGUGACAUAGAGGAUUGCAAAAAUGGCCGACACACGUAUUGUUGCGAUCCGCCUCUUAAUGAGAUUCCGCAAGGCGAAUGGCGCUGUCCGCAAUGCAUACAGGCCGAAGACGCGAAAAUCGGACUCGAUUGGGGCUUUUACGAUUCGGAUCAACAAUUCAGCAUUAAUUCAUUCGCUGCAUACGCUGACAAGUUCAAGUGCGAUUUUUUCGGAGUAAAAAAUGCGAAAGAUGUACCUUGCGAGGAGGUUGAAGCCGCUUAUUGGAAGAAUCUCAUCGCCACAUCUGAUCCAGUCAGUGUAAAAUAUGGAGCAGAUUUAAUUUCGAAUAAAGUUGGUAGUGGAUUCCCUCGAAAAGAGGACCGAUUCACGGGUCCUGAUGCGAAACUCAAGGCGCAUUAUGCGAAUCAUGCGUGGAACUUGAACAAUCUGCCAAUUCUCAAGGAAUCCGUUCUAUCACAUGUCGAUCAUGACAUUUCUGGAAUGGUGGUUCCUUGGGUGUACGUCGGAAUGUGCUUCAGUACAUUCUGUUGGCAUACAGAGGAUCACUGGACGUACAGUAUCAAUUACAAUCACUUCGGAGAGCGAAAAAUCUGGUAUGGUGUUGGUGGCGAUGAUGCGGAGAAGUUCGAAGAUGCUCUUCGUAAAAUUGCACCAGGACUCACUGGAAGAUCCCGCGAUCUUUUUCAUCACAUGACGACUGCAGCCAAUCCCGCACUCCUUCGAUCAAUGGGAGUCCCGAUCUACACAGUUCAUCAAAAUCCCGGCGAAUUUGUAAUUACAUUCCCAAGGUCUUAUCAUUCCGGAUACAACGAAGGUCUCAAUUUCGCCGAAGCUGUUAACUUUGCUCCCAUUGAUUGGUUGAGCAAAGGAAGAUUGUGCAUUGAUGAAUAUGCAUCGGUUCGUCGCUACUGUGUAUUUUCUCAUGAAGAGUUGGUGUUUAACAUGGUUGAUGCUCGCGAGAAACUUGGAAUUUCGAUGAGUGUUGCGGCUCUCGAUGAGCUUAUGGAGAUUUCGAAGCGUGAACAGCAUUUGCGUCUGAUGGUCAAUGGAAUGGGAUUCACGCAACAGGAGCACGUGCCUUUUGAGCAACUCAACGAUGAGCAGCGAACGUGCAGAUUCUGCAGGACCACGUUGUUUUUGUCGGCGAUUACCUGCGAGCACGAGCGAAUUGUGUGCCUUCAACAUUAUGAUCAUCUCUGCAAAACUUGCACCUACGCAGAUUGUACAUUACAAAUUCGAUAUGAACUCGAAGACCUCAUACCGUUUAUUGAUCAAUUGGAGACUAGAACUACCGAAUAUCAUGCGUGGAAACUCAAGACUGAUCACGUUCUUCAUGAAGGCGAUAAACCAGAAUUGGAUCAAGUUGAAGAAUUGGUUGAUCUCGCCAAACAAAAUCACUACCCAAUGACAUCGCAUAUGAACAAUUUGGUUAAUAUUCGAAAUAAAGCGCGAUCGGCGAUUGAGAAAGCCAAUCACAUUUUGUACGGAAAAGUUCGAACAAGGGUUGGAACGCGAAUCCAACGCGCCGACAAUCGCCUUGAUGUCGAUGGGCUCCGUGAGUUCAUCGACGAACUUCGAACAAUGCCGUGCAAUAUGGAUGAAAUCGCCGACAAGCUUGAAGAAUUCCUACAACAAGUUUCUGAGUGGCAAACGCUUUCGAAGAGUGUUCUUUCGAAGGAAGACGACAAGAAAUGUGCGCUCAUCGACAUUCAGGAGUUGAUUAACAAAGGAGAAGAGUUCAACGUCAAACUCGAAGAAAUCAAGGAGCUUAGAAAAGAACUGGACAUAUCGGAAUGGCGUACGAAGACGUUGGCGAUUAUUAAUUGGAAACCAUACGAUGGAAUGGAGCUUGAAAAGGAUUUCUCAUGUAUCAAACGAUGGACUUCUCAGGAAGUGAUGGAUUUGUUGAAAGAAGGAGCCAGAAUAUUCAACAAAAAACCAUCAGAUGAACUGAACGAGCUUCAAACAAUGUUGAAACGAGCACACAUUCAUGAUUCGGAUGCCGAGACGUUUUUCGAAGAGGAUCCAAAAAUUGAAAAUUUGGCUUCUGUGUGGAAAAAAGUACGCGAAUCGGAUUGGUUCAGUGAAAAAAAUAUCGACGAGUUGCGAGAAGAAUUCCAAGCUGUGGAACUCAUCAAACACCGAUUUGGCAUCGAUUUUGUCGUAGAAAAUAAGAAGCCUGAUGGUGGAUUGGCGAUGUUCAAUGAUAAACAGAUGAGAAUAUGCGAUAUUGUGGAAAUGAAGAAAAUUGUGGAACACAGUUCGUUACUCGCAGAUUCGCCUAUUACUAGCGAAAUUAGAAAGCUUAAAGAUGAGAUGGAAAUACUUAAUCGAAAGGUGGCAAAACUCUUCAAACCCCAAUUUUCGUAUUAUAAUUUGUAUGAUAUUAUUUCGGAACGUAAUGAUCUCGCAGAAGUGGUUCGGAAUGGUAAUACUCCAUUGAAUCUGCAAUCAGUAAACACCUCUGCAAAAGACGAAUGGGCUCAGGUUAGCUGCUUCGAGAGCAUUGAGGAGAUGCUGGAUCAUCAAACUUCCUUGAAAAAUAGCUAUAACGAUUAUAUGACGAAACUCGAAACCACAAACGGAAAUCAAGAAAAGGAAAUUUGUGUGUGUCUUGGUACGCCCACUUCGAAAGAGUCGUCAUCGGAAAUUGAAUGCCUACUUUGCAAUGCUAAAUAUCACGUCAAAUGCUCAGAAUGGACCAUACCUUUAAAUGAUUUGCCCGAUGGGAUUUUUCUGUGUGUUCGAUGCCGAAGAGGGCGACGACCGAUAAUUGAAGAUGUUUCGGCAAUUAUAGCAAACGCACCUAAAAACUUUUUCGAAGUUAAUAUAAUUAAAUCAGCAAUUGAAAAAACGCAUGCAGCUUCUCGCGCGUUCCUAUCUGCCGUUGAAACAUGGAAUCCACAUGAUUUGGGGAGUGUUCUAUCGGCUGCUCGUUUCGUACUUUCUUGUGAAAUUGUAGAUCUGAAUAUUCAACCGAAAUUGAACCAGCUUGCAUCUACGAUAUUCCGCCAAUAUAUUGAUAAUAAUUCGAGUGCUUAUGCCGUUCUUCGCGAAAAUCAGUCGUCAACGAAAAUCGCUCCAUCGUCUAUAUUUGCUUUUCGAAUGUCGCCGACAGCAAGGAGAAGCGGUAAAAGAAAUUCGUCGCAGAUUACAAGGGAACCGUCCAAAAAAACGCGAAAGCGAAGCAAGCAGAAGAAUGAUGAGCAAUUGUGCUCAGCCGAAGUAUGUUUGCAGCCAAUGGGAAAAUUUAACGAAGGAGUUCGUUGGAUAAUGUGUGACAUAGGCUGCGAGCGAUGGUUCCAUUGUACGUGUGUUCAACUAACUGAUGAAAUGAUAAACGAUCUAACGGAAUACCGGUGUAAAAAAUGCGAAGCCUCAUCUGGAUCGCCGUCUUCAACAUCAGGCUCAUCGAUUUAG